AUGGUAUAUUCGGUUAUUCCGAAUUGCGAUGAUUCCUACCGUGAUGACCCGAUCCAAACAUCCGCGAAGAUGAAGAAGAUGCGGCUAAUGCCGGAUGGCUAUCGCGCUAGUAAAGAGCAGGUUGCGAUGUUCUUAUGCAACGUUAAUGUUGACGCUUUGGAAGAAUCUUCUUCGACACCUCCGACGUUUAUCGCACUCGGGAACGGAGCAGAUGCGCCACAGCACACUGUCCUCAAACAUCCACUUCCCUAUCAGACGCCGUUCAAGCGCGGCCUGGAGCCUUUUAUAUCACCCUUCUUACGAGCACAUCAGCAGGAGCAUGUGGCUAAAUCCCGGAUCCGGAGGAAUGAACCAAUGCUGGACCCGCGGGACGACAGCGAGUUUCGCCGAGUGAUAUCGCGGAGUAGAUCUAUGUCACCGGACCUAGGACCGAGGAAGAGAUUUAUCAUGAAUCCGGUGUAUCUGAGGAUGCAGGCGGUACAGGGUGCUGUGUGGGAGCGGGGUGGGGUGUGGGACACUCCGAGGGUGAGGGCUGGCAGGUUGGGUUGUGCAAAGGAGAAGAUCCUUGUUUACACGACGGCGUUCGUAGGUGAUAGUCCAUUAGGCAAUCAUCAUCGACACCGGAAAGAUAUGGACUGGGACUGA